UUUGCGCCUGUGCACUGCAGCUUAAUUCAUGUUUUCGUGCCUGUGCAUGGCAGCAAGAUCACAUGAACACACCAAACACCUCCAUAAAUUAUUCGCAGGACGCCAGCCGCCCAGCCCCACCUCUCUCCAUGAUUCAUGUUUCUCUCUCCUCCCUUUCCUGAGGCCCUCACUCGUAGCCUGGUACGGAGUACUACAAAAGAUGGCAUCAUAUUUUUCUUUGCCUCCCUCUCCUCGUCUGGCUCCCUUCUUCUUCUGCCCCGAAUGAGCUGAGAGGUUCGGAGCAAGACUAGUUAUGUAGAGCAAAAUCAUAACCAGAAAAACCUCCUCCCUGGCCCAGAGAUUCCCCACAAAUCCAGAAGAAAAAAUCAACAUUUUCAAGUUGUUUCUCUUGCUACUCGAUCUAGCUUUUUUCCUAUUUUUUUCGCAUUCUGUAAACACUUCUUCCUUCGGUGUUCUAGUAAAAUCAGAGAUAAGAAAGAGUGAAAUCCAGAAAAAAAUUCAAUAUUUCCUUGUUUGUUUGGUCCAAGCAAAGUUAGAAAACCAAGAACUUCGUAGUAAGAUCUUGGUUCUGUUCCAUUUGCAUCUAUUCAGCCGGGGAUCCCAUUCAGCCGUGCAGAAACAAGGGAUCCGCCCAAACCAUCCAACUUUACUCCUUCAGCAGCGGAAGAUUCGCGUCUUUCCUCGGGGAGUGAAGAUUCAACAGCGGAAGACGCAAGUUUCCGGCUAUGGCGGCGGCGCUGGAGUGCUGGUCGGGGCGGCCGAGUACCGACGAGGAGAUGGCGGAGCAGGUUCUCAUGAAGCCCCACGGUCGCUCAGACGACUCCCUCCCCACCUGCGCUGACUCUGCCUGCCCCGGCGAGCCGACGUCGGCGCAGGCGGCCCCCAAGAAAUGGCAGCGCCUGGGCCGCAACUUCGCCGGCGCCAUCGCCGCGUUCAAGAACACGCUGUACCUGGACGGCGGUGGCCUCCCCCGCGACCCAUCGCCGCGCGCCGAGAAGCCGCCACCUUUCCUCCUCCGAGGCCUCGCGCAACUCUACUCCCGCGGCGCCGCCAACCAGCAGCUGCCAGAGAAGCUCGUCGCCGACCUCCGCCGCCACUUCGACGCCCUCCCCAACAGCUAUGCACAGACAGGAUUUGACAUGAUAGAUGUCCUCUUGCAUGCCCGCCUUGUAGAGCAGGCGACUGGUGAGGAUCAGCCUGCAGUUAACAUUGAGGAAGUUCAUGGCAGAGGGGGUGGUGAUGAAGGGACUGCUUUUCAGCUUACUUUUGCUUGCAUUGCCCCGCUUUCAUGGCAGUCAAUGUCUGGCUCACUUGAUAGCCCUUCGUUCUGCUGCAAGAAGAUCCAAAUAUUUGAGAAGAGAGGAUUGACACUUGGUGUUGUCAUGAUACUUGUGCAGUCUGGGAAUGAGGUGCUCUUCAAGAACCAGAUUGAGUCUGCACUAAAAUCGGCCGUAAAGAAGCAAAGGAAGAACAGUGGCGGUGUGAAGCUUCCAUUUGGGCUUUGUGGUUGUCAAGAAGAAGGAUCAAGAAAUUUUGAUGAGGAGUCAGUGUUUGAUCCAGAUGACAGUCAGGUACUUGACAAUGAGCCAACUCGCAGACCACAGUUUCCCACUCCCCUACCACAAUCAUCAGUCUUUGUCUCAGUAGAUGAAUGGCAAACCAUUCGAUCUGGUGGUGAGGAGCUUGGCCGCUGGAUGCUGCGUUCCGAGGAGAUUGAGUUCAUUGAUUGGGUUGGUGCAAAUUCAUUCAAGGGGGUCUAUAGAGGAAAGAAGGUUUGGGUCAACAAAUUGAGGGGCUGUGACAUGGGAAGUGCUUAUGAUGUUGAGAUCCGUCAGGACUUGCUGCAGUUGAUGAGCUGUGGCCAGAGGAACAUCCUCCAAUUCCAUGGCAUUUGCUUCAAUGAAAACCAUGGCCUUUGCAUAGUGACUAGGAUGAUGGAAGGGGGAUCAGUUCAUGAUCUUAUUGUGCAGAGAAACAAAAGACUGUCACUCCAAGACACGGUUCGGAUUGCUCUUGAUGUUGCUGAUGGUCUGGCCUUUAUGAACAGCUAUGGCAUUGCGUACCGUGAUCUCAAUGCUCGAAAAAUCCUGCUAGACAGGCAAGGGAAUGCUUGCCUUGGGGAUAUGGGCAUUGUUACCCCUUGUUAUAAUGUUGGUGAGGUCACUGAGUAUGAGACGUCUGGAUAUCGGUGGCUGGCUCCAGAGAUCAUUGCUGGAGAUCCUGAAAGCGUCUCCGAGACCUGGAUGAGCAACGUCUACAGCUACGGAAUGGUGCUCUGGGAGAUGGUCACCGGAGAGGAGGCGUACUCCACAUACUCGCCGGUGCAAGCAGCUGUGGGAAUCGCUGCCUGCGGGCUGAGGCCAGAGAUCCCAAGAGACUGUCCUCAUUUCCUGAGGUCACUGAUGAACAGGUGCUGGGACAAUUCCCCUCUGAAGCGUCCUCAGUUUUCUGAGAUCAUAUCCAUCCUACAAAGGCAGAAUGUCAGAUAGUUUUUAUCUUUUUCUUCUCCUUUUCUUAUGCUAUAUAUCAGUUUGGGGCUGUUUGCCGAAUCAUGCAGGAAACUGCAUAUCCAAAAAUAUUGGGAGAUCCACAAUUUACCACUGAAUAACUUGCUAUGUUUCUUAUAUGUCGUCACUGUGUCGAUAAC